AUGAGCCUCUCCACGCCUCGCCCCUCCCCACCCCCGUCCCCCCUCAGUGCACGCACCCGCCUGCGCCUGCGAUCUGAAGCCGCGUGCUACCCUCCUGCUUAUCACCUCCAGCCCAUGCUCCGCCCGCACACAAAUUAUCGCGAAGAGAAUGCCACGCACGCUUCAUCAAUCCCGCCUCUGAUGCGUGCACAUGCGACCCCUCAACGCCACGCACCCGCCUUCGCCUGCGACCCACAUCCGCCCGCACGCGUCCUAUCGAUCCCACACCCGUCUCCUCUAGCACAUGCCCGCCCGCCGCCGAGUGCCUUUAACCCCCUCGACCACUUGGGCCCACGCAUUUAUCCUCGCCUGCGACCAACAUCUGCGCCCACAUGUCUCUUCCAGCCCCGCAUGCACGACCUCUCGGCCCCUCCUCUCGUCGACCCUCAUUCAUUCCUCCAUCGUCCUGCCUCGUGCCAAGACCUCACACUCCACCCCGCGCACGCUCGACCUCUCUUUCGUCAACCGUCCCGCCCUCGACCUAGUCUAACUGGCUGGCGGCAGAGCAAGAGAAAGAGGAAACAGCGUCAGCGACAGAGAGAUGAGCUAGGAAGAAGGAUGGGCAUGGACGACGAGGACGAUGAGCGUCAUGAAGUCCCUCCGCGCACAUCCUGCUGGGACAGUGCCUCUACAGCUAGCCCCUUGAUACCAGUCUACCGACAGCCCAGCUGUCCAACUACCUUAGCUCCUCCCCCGCCACCCACCCGGUCCAUCAUCACUGACCUCGACGACACUCCUGGUCUCGCACAGGUCACAUCGGCUAUACAAGCAUGCAAGCUAAGAGCACAUAAUUAG